AUGCCGGAUAUCAAGCAAUGGAUCAAGAAGUUGGAGGUGGAAUCGGACCCGGAGUUGACCAACACCCAGUUGAUGUUGACGAACCAUGACCUGCGCCCAGUCGACCCUGAUCGCCGCCAAUGGAGGUGGUACAAUUUUGUCUUCUUCUGGAUUGCAGACUCACUGAACAUUAACACAUGGAUGAUUUCCUCUUCAAUGAUUGUUGAUGGCUUGUCCUGGUGGCAAUCCUGGUUAUGCGUUUGGUUCGGCUACUUUCUCGCGGCUUGCCUUGUCUGCUUGACUGGUCGCAUUGGUGCUGUCUACCAUAUAUCCUUCCCCGUCGUCUGUCGGUCAUCGUUUGGAGUUUGGGGAGGACUGUGGCCGGUGUUAAACCGUACAGUUAUGGCUAUUAUCUGGUACGGUGUGCAGGGGUUCAUCGGAGGACAGUGCAUUACGUUGAUGAUCCGAGCAAUUUGGCCAAGUUACGAAAACCUGCCUAAUGGCAUCCCGGAGAGUUCCGGCGUCGACACCAAGAACUUCCUAAGUUUCUUCCUCUUUUGGCUGGUGUCUCUGCCAGCACUCUGGUUCCCGGUCCAUCAGAUCCGCCAUCUGUUCACUGUCAAGUCGAUCUAUUCGCCCAUUGCUGCCAUUGCUUUCUUCGCCUGGGCUAUCUCUCGGGCCAAUGGGCUCGGUCCAAUUGUUCACCAGUCCCAUACAGUCCACGGCAGCGCGCUGGCUUGGGCCGUGGUUAAAGCGCUCAUGAGCUGCAUGGGCAACUUUGCUGCCUUGAUCAUGAACGAUCCCGACUUUUCUCGAUUCGCACGGACACCCAAGGAUGCCUUGUGGGCGCAGCUUUUUACCAUCCCGAUUGGAUUUGGUAUCACCUCGUUCAUCGGCAUCAUUGCAUCCUCUUCAUCUGCGGUCAUUUUCGGCGGUGAUGCGAUCUGGAACCCUCUUGACCUUCUGGGGAGAUUUCUCGAGGGUGCGAGCUCGGCCGAACGCUUUGGAAUCUUUGUUAUCGCACUUGGAUUUGCUUUAGCUCAGCUGGGCACCAACAUUUCCGCCAACUCGGUCUCCGCUGGUACGGACAUGACCGCUUUGCUUCCCCGGUACAUCACCAUUAGACGAGGCAGCUAUAUCUGUGCGGCAAUUGGCUUGGCCAUGUGUCCGUGGAACCUGGUAUCCGAUUCUAACCAAUUCACCACAUAUCUAUCAGCCUACUCCAUCUUCUUAUCUGCCAUUGCAGGUGUGAUGAUCUGCGAUUAUUACGUUGUCCGCAAGGGAUACUUGAUCAUCAGAGACCUGUACAGUGGAGAGAAAGACUCCGUCUACCGCUUCAACUACGGCUUCUCCUGGCAGGCAUAUGCUUCGUACCUCUCAGGACUCCUUAUCAACAUCGUCGGGUUCGCAGGCGCUGUUGGUCGCGAUGUUCCAGUCGGAGCCCAGUACAUCUACAACGUCAACUACCUCUCCGGCUUCAUCGUCUCCUUCGUGAUGUAUUACAUCCUAACGCGCUUCUUCCCGGUCGAGGCUACAAGCGAUACCUGGCACGAAGUCGACACCGACCUCGAGCUUGAUACGGAGGGACAGGAUAUCGAGGCGGAAGACAUCCAUGCAACCGGAAAGCCAUUGGGAUUAGAGACCCCGGAGUCCCGGGAGGAUUAUAAGAGUGCAAAGAUUGGAUCCGCUGGUGUAUAG